UAUUUUUUUUUUAUAAAAAAUGAAUUUUCAACAAAUUAACAACAGUUUUUGUUCACUUGUUUCGUUAGUACGAAACAAUGCAUAUCCUACAUAUCCAGAAUUCACUACAUUUAUAUCAAGAUUGAAAACAUUCAAUUUAUUUCCGUUGACUUCAUCUCAAGAUAAAUACUCAUUAGCUGAAAGCGGUUUUAUAUAUUCAGGGAAAAAAGAUAUUGUUGAAUGUUUUUGCUGCGGUAUUAUAUUGCAUCGUUGGGAAAAAGAAGAUAAUCCAUGGAUUGAACAUUCAAGAUGGAAUCCGAAAUGUGUUUUUGUAUUAUUAUCAAAAGGAAAUCAGUUUGUUGAAAAUGUAGUAAAAAAAUAUGAAAAAAUUGGAAUCAUACCAAAAAACGUUUGAUACAGCUUAUACGUUAAUUAAGUCUGACGUAAAUGGGUUACCAUCAUCUUGUCAACGAAACGAAUUUA